AUGCAGUAUAGAAUUGAAGAUAUAAUUAUUCCAGAUAGGUUUGUCAAUAUAGCAUUAGGAUGUCUUGUUAUGAAUAAAGCACUAAAUAAGGCAUUAGGAUGGAAUCUUAAAAUGGCACCAAAUUUUUCUCUUAGAUAUAAUCCUGAUCAUAUAACGAAAUUAGAAGGAGAAUAUAAGGAUCCAAUUAAGGAUAAUGUUUUAUCAAGCCUUUAUACAAUAGUGAUUCAGAAUAAUAAUUCAAAAAAUCAAACUUUUGAUUCCUUUACCAAGAUUGAUACUAAAGAGAAGCCAGCAUCUAAUGAGAAAAAAGAGUUCCAAGUUUCUGAUUCAUUUACUGAAGAUCUAAAAAAAAUAUAA